UCAGCAACCAGAUACCGGCAUCACGACAGGGCUGCCAUUCUCGGCUCAGCAAGCUCUUGCCCAUUCCCUGCAGCGAGCAUGUGAGGCCGUGAGGGUGAGGUCAGUAGACAGCCGCGUUCCUCCGGCUAUAUAUGCAGCCCAGAUCUCAGGCGGUCUUCAUUCCUCCCACCUGGCGCCGGCGACUACCCUCCAUCGGCUAUCCCCAGCUACGGACGACCGUCGGCACGGCGCCGACGACCCUCGGCUUGGAGCUCGCCCUCGCCCGCGACCCUCGACGGUAUCUGUUCUGCUCACCUUCAUAAGCAAGAAGAAGGAUGCCACCCCCGUUCGCCGUAGGCUGACCAUUAGUUUACCUUUACCCUCCCCAUUUCCGACCUCUUUUUUCCGGAAAUCUGCAGGCCAUCCACCCGAUCGAGCCCAUCCAUGGAGGGAGAGGCCGUUGAUGCCGAGCUGCGGCUCGGCCCGCCGGGCUGCGGCGGCGGUGCGUCGUCGGCCGGUUGCACCGAGAGCAAGUACGUCAAAGUCAGCGUGGAAGGAGCCCGGUACCAGCGGAAGGUGGACCUGAGAGCAUACGGAGGGCACGCGGAGCUCAGGGCGGCGCUCCUGGGCCUGGCCGGCCACAUGCUGGACCUGGCCGUGGCCUACGAGGACGACGCCGGCGACCUCUUGCUCGCCGGCGACCUCCCCUGGGACAUGUUCGUCCCCGACUGCAGGAGCAUCAGGAUAAUGAGGCGAUCGACGACGGUGACAAGCAGCUAGAGCUAGCUAGGGCAGCAACGCAACAUCUCCGUGUCGUUGUUGCCGUUGGUGCUUUUCUUAGAUGCGUUUAUUAUGUUAUUUCUACGUCUUGUUUGGUGUUG